AACGAAAUCGAUUAUAUUUAAUAAUAAUAAUGUUAUAAUUAAAAGUGAUUUUUCUACGAUUCGGAAACGAAAGAAUUAAAGAAAAGCGAUCGAUCUCAUUCAUGAAUAUUCGGUUAUGUGAAUAUUCGAGACUUGUGUACCAGACUUAAUAGUUUGAGGCAGUUUAGGAAACGAAAGACGAGCGCGUGUUGUCAAUCGCGAUAGUGAUAACGAAAAUGGUGGACUAAAAAGCAUUUCAUUUUCUUCACCUCCGUUUUUCCCCCAAUUAACUUCAAUAACAAAUUUCCGUCUCAUCAUGCAACUUUCGAAACUCAUUAUUCAAAAUUGAUAGAAUCAGAAAAAAAAAAUAAGUUACUAUCGCAAAUAGUUAAAAACCCCUUUGCAAUCUUGAAGAGAAUCUUCGAAGAAAAUAUUCAAUUCAACGUUCGAAACUCCCGCUUGUGAAGCACGGUGCAAAUACGAGACCAGCAAAAAGAAAAGUAAAUGUCAAGCGGAUGGUAAAUGCGGAUGGUGGAGUAGUUGUUCUUGAUCCAUAUUCCGAGGAGAGACGCUUCUUGGGAUAACUUAAAGCAUCGAACGAAGAUCCUUUAUAAGAGACCGGGUCAAAGAUGCCUAUAAUUGGAUGCACCAAGGAGAACAAUUGCAAGAAACUUGCAUUCUUAAAAGCAAAGAUGCGCGAGCAAUAUCUAGCAGGUUUGCCUGUCGGUCUCGAUGUUGAUAAAUCGAUCGAUUCGACGAGAAACGAAUUUAUUCAACAUAGAGAAUUAUGAUUUUCUAAAAAAUUAAAUCUCAAAAUUUAUGCUCAUCUCCAAUUAAUAAAAACGCGGUAUAUUGAUUCGUGAAUAAAUUCUUUAGCUCUUUACUCGUUUAUUAGGAAGAUGUAUGAAAUCAUUCGUACAUUAUCUUAUUAUUAAGACGCGUGAAAAACCCGUCGAGGUUAAAUAUCAUCGAUCCUUUUACGAUUCUGAAUUAAUCGAGCCAAUUUUAAAAUUUUUAAAUUUAAUUUGAAACGUAAAAAUUUCGAUACGGCAUUUCUUCGAAUCCUUAAAAAGCACGCAAAAGCUAUAUAUAUAUAUAUAUAUAUACAUAUAUAUAUAUAUAUAUAUAUAUACAUAUAUAGAUAUAUAGAUAUACAGAUGUACAUAUAUGUGUGAAAUACAAGCGACGUAACACUCCACUGGAUUCGAACCUAGAGAAGAAUAAAAGCGGCGAGGAGGGGAGCUCGCAUAAUCCGAAGAAGCCCAGCCAACUGUCCACGAACGAGUCAGUGAGGGGAUCGAGGAUCAUUGAGCAGCCAGAAGUGGAGCAAGGACCGAUCGAAGAGGCGGAAGUCCCGCUUCAACUGCGCGAAACAGCUCCAGAGAAGGAAGAAGUAGAGGCAGAGGAAGUGGAUUAGAGAGGAGGUUUACGGAAAGAAAAUUGAAAAUUCAUCAACAACCGAGAUAUAUAACCGUAUAUAAAGGUUAAGGAAAUAGAAAGAUAUUCUAUCCUCGACCCUUUUCAAUCUAACGUGUGGGUAUUCAUUUUUUUUCUCAUCCCAUCGAAUUCUUCUUUCUUUUUGUAUAAACAGAAAAGCGUGUAAAUAUCGUUAAGAGGGAUGUAACGCUUAAACCAAAAAAUGAAAUUAUCUUCGUGCAUUGAUUUCUGGUGAUCUCUAUGCUUUUUUUUUAUUCUUUUCUUUUUCCAGGCUAUUAUAUGAUAUUACAUUAAAGGGAAAUUGAUAUAAGGUGGAAACGAUUUAACGAGGGAUAGAUAAUUUGUUGCGUUUCUAUUCGAAAAAAAUAAUGGAUAAUAGGAUGGAAUAUUGAAAAAUGUUUUCAAAUCGCUUUAUGUAUUUUUUUUAACCGAGGAAGAAAAACACUCUUCAGAUAGAGAGAGAAAGAGAGAGGAAGAGGACACUUUGCAACCUUAAUCGAACUUCAAACGACAUCUUCGAAACUUCAAUCUGCAUUUAGAAAGAUCUAAGAGAGUUUCUCGCAAACUUGUCUCAUAUUUAAAAAAAAAAAAUCGUGUUUCGAGACUCUUGACUCUUUUCCAAUUAUUUCCAUGGAACGUUCGUAAAUAGUCUUCCCCUUCCACUUUCCACAAAAAUUGCAAAUAUCGAAAUAGAGAAAUAAAUUUUUCAAAGGGAAAUAAUAAACAAAACAAAAAAAUAUUUAUACCCAAAAUAUUUAGUUAUCUGGAUAGAGAGUUGAACGAGAAAAAUUUUCAUUCCCUAAAAAAAAAAUCACAAUUGUUUUCAAAAUCACGCGUUAACAAAGAGAGAGAAUAACAUUUAUUCUUCAAAAAUAUUUCUUUCUCAAAAUACAUAAUCGUCUAAAAGUUUGCAAAUAAUUUCCUCUAAAUCGUACAAUUAAAGAAAAAUAAUAUUAAAACUUGAUUUCAAAUCAAGUCAUUUUAAGAAACCAAUGCAUGAAGAUUCAUUCCAUCUCCCUCCUUCUAAAAUCAUAUAUUUAUCAAUCCUCUCUUGACACUUGAAUAAAAAGUUUUUCCUCGAUUACUUAAUAACACCCUCUUGCCGAUCAAAACCCCUUAAAAUUAGUCCUUAUUUGUUUUCUAUUUGAGCUUGCUUUGAUCGACGAUCACGGCCACGCGCUUAUCAUAAAUUUACAUGAUUCGAGCAGAAAAUCGAAAACGACGAGGGAGAGAGAGAAAGAGAGACAGAGAGAAGUCGUUAGCCGCGUAAUCAACCGAAGUCGAAUUAAUUCGACUAUAAUCAAGAGGAGAAGCCUCGAAAGCCCUGUCCAACGAAAGGCAGAGGACGAGAGGCGAGGCGAAAAAUUAAGGGAGAAAGGAGGAGGUUUUUGCGUUUUAAAACGACAGCUUGGAUCAGAACCGUAGUCCCUGGGUAAAUUUACCGACCUCCGCUACAUCCGUGACUACCUCACGUCCGCUCCCUCUCCGACUGGAACCGGUUCUCUGAAUCUUGUCUCUUGAAUCCCUUGUGCUUUUGCUGCUUCCCCCCCUUCCUUUCAUCGUUGUUUCACGAUGACGGCGAUCGAGAGAUCGAGAGGCUGAAUUAAAGCCAAGCCAGCUUUUAAGAAUUCGAUCAACUUUUGUCCGAGGAAGAUCGGUUUCGGGACAUGGAGAAUGAAAAAAACGAAAAGGAAGAGGAAGAGAAGGAAGAAACAACCGAAGAAGCACCACCUAGUCCUGAAGAAACGCCUAGUCCUGAAGAAGCACCUAGUCCUGAAGAAGCGUCUAAUCCUGUAGAAACGUCUAAUCUGACGGAGAAAGGAACUAAUACGACGGAGGAAUCAUCUAACCCGACGGAGGAAGCAUCUAAUCCGACGGAGGAAGCAUCUAAUGCGACGGAAGAAGCACCGUUGCAGGAAAACGAAUUAACAGAGGAUCCGUGGGACGAGGAGGCGAAAGAAAGAUUCGAAACAGCCGUGUUCACUUUGGCCACAUUCGCUGCGGUUUUCGCUGUCUACAUGUACAUCGUAUACAGUUUGAGUAGCCCGCCUACCGUGUUGGAUCAAAUCUAACACUCUCCCUUUUCCCUGAUCAAACGAGCGAAAGACCCUAGAAUUCCGACCGACAAAGUCAACUGUUUGCGACAGUUACGCCGCCCAACAAUCAUGUAAUUCGACAUAUAACAAAAUAAAACUUGCGGAGGAGAAAAAUGAA